AUGGGCGGCUCCAACGCUCCUUUUCUCUACGACCGCCCUCAAAGCUGGACCUUCGGGGCUCCUACGCAGCAGGGAUUCAACCCAAGAGCUGCUACUCAAGCGUCAUGGGCGCAGAAGCCUCAGAGACCUAAGUCCAAUGGUCCGUUAGUCGACUUCAACCAGCACCCGGACUCCUACCUACACGUACCAUAUGGGAACCUCACAGCACAGCCGAUGCCGCCCAACACCAAGUCGAAGGUUGUAAGAGUGAGAACAUGCCUGCUGAUACUGCGAUGGGCGGCUCUAUUGGCAGCGCUGGGCAUGCUGUUCUGCGUCAUCGCCAUCAAUAAGACCAGUACAGCAGUGGCAUGGAUCAUAAGAGUAGCACCAGCCCUGGCUGUGGCUCACUGUUUCUACGCAGUCUACCAUCUCAGUCGAUCGGUCACCGCACGCACGCCAGGAUCGACAGCAAGCUACAUGAUCUUCUCGGGCUUGAUCGACUUGGGUCUGCUACCGUUCUGUGGCUUCUCGGCAUACAUGUCUUAUCUCGACUAUGCCCAAAAUGCAUAUGAGUGGGGAACACUUUUCAAUGACAACGACAUCAGCUACAAGAUCAUCUUCGCCUUCUUCAUUCUCAGCUCGACGCUAGGCGGAAUCCUCGCAAUAUCGUUGGCUUUGACCAUAUGGUUGGCACAGAUAUUCCGCAAGAUCACAAAGCUACCGCCUGAUAUGAACCCUCUCGAGGAGAAUCUUACCAGCCGAUUCGGUCACAAGCGUAACAAGUCGUCCAUGAACAUCACAGAGAAGCACAUGAGUGCAUCGACGCUUGCUGCAAAGAGACAGUCAGACAUGAGUGGGCGCAGAGUGCCAUUCAUCCAUACCCGUACCGACUCCGCCGAUAGCGUCACGCUCUAUGGAAACGAAAGCGCGCGCAAUUCUCGGGCAGAGAUGCGCAAAGGCUUCGAAGAGGUCACGAAAGAUCCAUAUCGCGUCUCUGUCAACUCACUUCCAGGCUCCCCUCUACGACCCAAUGCAACACAGAGCCCAGCCCCCAACUCUCGGCCAGUAGGAGCAGGACUCGAUUACCGUCCGGGUCGUGCUGCUGCUGUACAAUCUUCACCUCAGCACUCACCUGAACGUGCACCAGAAAAAGCAUCAUCCUGGCUGUCGUACAUGGACUACGAAGGUCAGCCUACCGAGUUGAGCGAGGCUGCCGAGCAGCAGCUGAAUCAUGAGGUUCGGCCCAUCUCUCCGGUGUCAGCCAUCUCCUCAAAUGGACAUGGUCCCAUCACACAUACCUGGAGCAAUCGUCCUUCCGUCGACCUUGAUCACUCGACAACGGUCGUGAGGAGAGACGUUAUCGCUGACAGUGCUCACGACGCUACUAUGAUGGCGCCUCCUCAGCCGUCACCGAACAAACGCAGCAGAGAACCCUGCCAUGAACCACCCACACCUAUCAGAACAGGCUUUGACAUGAACGACGAGAACUACUACGGCAGCAAGAUUGACACACCUUACUACAAUCGCGACCCGCAAUCCAGUCCAGCCAGGCCAGCUCUCACAUCCACCGAUGGCAACAGCCGAGCUUCGUCGUUUAUCGGCAGUGGCACCAAAGGCAGAUUCUAUGGCGAUUUGCGGGCAAGCAUUGGCAGCAUUGGCGUCGAGAAAGGCCAGACAGCGCCACCAGCGCCACAGUCAGCUGAUGUCUUCAACGACCACGACCACGAGCACGAUCACGACAGACUCGGCGUAGACAGAUCGCACACCACCAAGUCAGCCCAGUCUGCCAGCGACUACAGUGCCAACUUCGAGGUAUAUGGCAGCGACGAUGACGAAGAAGAAGUCCCCACACUUCCACCGCAGUACAUGUACCAGCAGCAGAGUCCCUAUGGCUCUCGAGCGUCGCUGCAUCGGCCGAGUAACACCGACCACUACUCGCCCACCCCUCCACCAAUUCAGCAAUCACCGGCACGCAAGCCUGUGCCAGUCAAGAAGUACGACAGCCCAAGACAGACUUCCAACUCGACCGCUCUCGACCUCCACAGCGGCUAUGCUGGUCUCGAUCCCGAAUUCGGUAGGGGCAUGGCUCGACGCCGUGAUGUUAGUGGAAAGGUCGCUGAGGAAGGCAGAGGAGGAGUGUACUCGUGGGACGGAAAGGCUGCGGAGCAGAUCAACAUCAAUGUGGAGGAGCUGACACCAAAGAAGGCCGCGGCUUACAAGAGUGCUGGUUGGGCUCGGUUUAAGGGGCUGUGA